UGGUGGUGAUGGUAGUGGCAAACUAAAUUUCACACCUCCAACUAAAAACUACUACUACACGUGCUAUUAAAAUUUGUGAAAAUUGUAAACUUAUUUGUCAUUUGGUUUUUACUUGUGUGUAGUUAGUUACAGUACUUUUUGCAAUUAUUAUUUAAUACAUUGAUAAUAAUAAAAACAUGCGGAAGUUAAAAUAUCAUGAGCAAAAGUUGUUGAAGAAGGUGGAUUUUAUCAAAUGGGAGGCGGACAACAAUCUUCAUGAAGUAAAGAUUAUGAGAAAGUAUCAUAUUCAGAAAAGAGAGGAUUAUACUGCGUACAACAAGUUAUCGAGGGAGGUUCGAGAGUUGGCCCGUAAAGUUAAAGGCUUGGACCCCAAAGACCCGUACAGAUUGGAGGCUGGGGCUCAACUUUUAGAAAAAUUAUAUCAAAGCGGCCUUAUUCCAACGAGAGAAACGCUAGAGUUAUGUGAUAAGAUAACGGCAUCGUCGUUUUGUCGGAGAAGACUGCCCGUCGUUAUGGUCCGUUGUAAAAUGGCACAGACGAUCAAGGACGCUGUGAAAUUUAUAGAACAAGGUCAUGUACGUGUUGGAGUAGAAGUUGUUUAUGACCCUGCCUUCUUCGUCACAAGGACAAUGGAAGAUUUUGUCACUUGGGUCAACACCUCAAAAAUCAAACAGCAUAUUCUCAACUACAACGCCACCAGAGACGACUACGAUCUUAUGCAAUAAUUAUGGACUAUUAUUAUUAAUUACUCGAUUUUAAGAAUAAUCCACAUAUCCCACUUGUUUUUGUUUUAUAUGUAUUUCCGCAUUAUACAUACAUAAUUUAUGUUUAAAAAAGUUUGAAAUACGUAAAAUAUCGACUUGAAAUGAACGUUAAAAAACAAUUUUGUUUACAAUGAGUGCAUAAUAGAUUUGUAUAGUAAAUAAAUUCCACCAUGCAGUUAA